CCUGAACGCAGCAUCCAGAGCAAUGGCUUGAGGGCUGAGAAGGACGACGAAAACAAAAAUGGACAUUGAAAGAAAAUAGCGUAGUAAGACUGACAAUGUAUUGUCUCAUUGAAAAGCUUUGGCGUAGCUACAAUGUAUUAGGCAUGCAACCACAGAAACGGUGUAUUUGUUCAUAGAUACUGUCGUCUCAAACAACGACUGCUCGUUCGGUAACGUAGCUAAGUUAGCCUCCGUAGCUUAGCUAGCUGUGUGUAACAUAGGUGACGUUGUCCACUGAGACUGGCGUAGCAGUAAAUAUUAACUGACCUUUGCGUGUUUUAGAUGGUGUUCAAAGAAAGCAUCUUGUUUAGUGACUCUAACGCUUGCGGACGGUGUAUGUCAGACCUCUGACUGGCACUUCAAGAAGAACCAGAGGGGAGAAAAGUGAGAUUGUAGAGUUCAGAACCAUGGAUGCUUGCUUUGGUAAUAUUGUGUUCAGCUCCAAGUUUGACUCAGGGAAUCUGGCACGUGUGGAGAAGGUGGAAAAGGGCAGCUCUAGCCCUCCUACCGAUGCUCCCAGUGGAAGUGCCCUCUCAGGGUCAAACCUUACCCCUGACUAUGAGUUCAAUGUGUGGACGCAGCCAGACUGCGGUGGCACAGAACAUGAGAAUGGAAACAGAUCGUGGUUUCACUUCAGUGUACGGGGUGCUGCUUCGGGAAAGAUACUGAAGAUCAAUGUGAUGAACAUGAACAACCAGAGGAAGCUCUAUAGCCAGGGUAUGGCUCCUCUUGUACGCACUUCACCUGGCAAGAACCGGUGGGAAAGGAUUCGGGAAAGACCCACAGCUGAGAUUGUUGAUAACCAGUUCAUCCUCUCAUUCUCUCACCGGCUGUUGGAGGUACGAGGGGUGACCACCUACUUCUCUUUCUGCUUCCCCUUCUCUUAUAGUGAGUGCCAAGAGAUGAUGCAGCAGUUUGAUAAAAGCUACCCUAAUGCUGCUCAACUCAGUCCGAGCAGUGCCCCAGACAGUGUGUAUUAUCAUAGGGAGUUGUUGUGCCACUCUCUGGAUGGUAAUAGGGUCGACCUAAUCACUGUGACCAACUGCAACGGGAUGCAAGAGGAGAGAGAACCCCGUCUGCCGAAGCUGUUUCCAGACACCAACACGCCAAGAUCACACCGCUUCUCCAGCAAAAGGGUGUUUUUUCUCAGCAGUCGAGUGCACCCCGGGGAGACUCCCUCAUCCUUUGUGUUUAACGGUUUUCUCAACUUCAUCCUAAGAAGUGAUGACCCUCGUGCUCAUGCGCUUCGGAACAUGUUUGUUUUCAAGCUCAUUCCCAUGCUCAACCCAGAUGGAGUCGUUCGUGGGCACUACAGGACUGAUUCCAGGGGUGUGAACUUGAACAGACAAUACUUAAACCCCAGCCCUGAGCUGCACCCUUCCAUCUAUGCAGCCAAAACACUUUUGCUCUACCACCACACAUACAACCGUCUGCACAAUACACAUUCCAGUACUCACUAUAGCAGCCCCACACACAUGCAGACUCCUCCCCUGAGCUUAAAACCUCAGCCUCAAUCUCCUCCCUUCACCUCCCUUGAAGUCAGUUUGAACCAACGAAAUGCAAAGAAUGACACAAAUCCUGCGCUGCCAGAAGUCCAGAUGUUGAUGGAGGAAAACACCUGGGUCCCCACAGAGAUGAGGAAGGUGGACCAGAACAGCUCAUCAAGCUCCUCUGAGACUGUAGCUGCUGUUACAGUAGAGGUAACGGUACCAGAAGUGGAAGAACAUGAAUUAAUUCCACCACAUGAGGGGGGAGUGGCAUAUUAUGUGGAUUUACAUGGCCAUGCCUCUAAGCGGGGGUGCUUCAUGUAUGGAAAUAACCUUCCUGACGAGAGCCAGCAGGUAGAGAACAUGCUGUAUCCAAGGCUGAUCGCUGUAAACUCUGCCCACUUUGAUUUCCUGGGCUGUAACUUCUCAGAGAAAAACAUGUAUUCACGAGACAAGAGGGAUGGCCAGUCUAAAGAAGGCAGCGGGCGGGUGGCCAUUCACAAGGCCAUAGGGCUGCUUCACAGCUACACUUUGGAGUGCAACUACAACACAGGAAAAACCAUGAACACCAUCCCACCUGCUUGCCAUGACAACGGACGGGCAACCCCACCUCCAACACCAUCAUUCCCUCCAAAAUACACUCCAGAAAUAUUUGAACAGGUGGGGCGUGCUGUGGCUAUCUCUGCCUUGGAUAUGGCGGAGUGUAAUCCCUGGCCACGGCUGGUGCUGUCUGAGCACAGCUGCCUGAUGAACCUCCGAGCUUGGAUCCUCAAGCAUGUCCGCAACACCAAAGGCCUGAACACACACAUCCACGCUCAUCCUCUACCAAGAACACACCACAAUGGCAGCAAGGCGUCACCGCCAAAGAGCUUCAACAACUGUUUGCCUGGCUCAGCGUCGGAGAACACACUCAGUCGCAUUCGCUGCAACAGCCACAGUAGCAGCAGCCAGACACCCUCCCCAAAGAUGCACAGCUCCCCAAGCUUUACAUUUGGCUGCCCCCCAUCCCGAACUCACACGCAGCACAACGGCACACACACCAGCGGACGUGGAGUCAACAAGACACUUGGGCCAGUCAGGGACCCUAAGCCUCAGGAGAGGAGACGCCCACCCCACCACCGCUCCAUUCUACGGUCUCCCAGCAACAGCCACACCCCCUCCCGCCCCCCACUCUCACCCCCUUCCUCCUCCUCUUCAUCUUCCUCUGUGUGCGCAGCAGGCUACUGUCCCCUCCCGGCCUCCGUCAGUAUGACAGGCCUCAGCUGCCCAGACUUUCAGGCUGGAGGACCCAGUUCAGCGGGUUGGUCCAGAAUGCCUUUGCCCAUGCGGCGUGUGGGGAAAGGGUGCCGGACUCUCACAGUCACUCAUCACCCCGCAGAGGCACGCACAGAGACCGCUAAAGAUGUGGGGCCUGAACAUACCUUUUCCUCCAUCAAAUUUAGCAAGUAUGAGCUGCAACCUCACAUGAGCCGCAUCCCCAUCCGGAGGGCAGGGUCGACUGAAACCCCACUUCCACAUGGCAGUAAAACAUCCCCUACCAGCAUUAACCCAGUCUCAUCUGGAGAAAAGGAGGAGACAGCCACCAUGAAGGUCUGGAAUCUGCUUAGACCUGGCCUCCAUCGACACUUGUCACUGUCAGGUGUAUCUGGGAAAGAGGGUGCCAUGCAGCUGGCCUCUAAAGCACUAAUGAAGACAAGUCCAGACAAGACUCUCCACUACAGAGGAAAUACUAUUAUAGAAACCGCACAUGAGAAGGAUGAAACAGUACAACAGGUUGAGGAAACUCCACCGAAGCCUCUGCCUGAGACUGUGACCCUGUGUGGAGAAGCCUAGCAACUGCACAGAAGAGGAGGCACUUGUGUGUGGGUGUGUCUACAUUUGCUUGUGAGCCUAAAUUACAAUAUUCUGACCAAAACCAUUUAAACUAAGAAACAGAAAGUAAUCAAAGUAGCAUUACUUGAGGCAUCAUAAUAUGCAAUACAGCAAGUUCAACAUCAUUUAUUCAGAUUUCCAGAGCAUGCAUGAUGUUUUCACCCAGGCUGUUCAACAUAAUCUGACCAUGGAGCUGUUCAGUAUAACCACUGAACAUCUUAACUGGAGCAGCUGAAGGUUUAGUGCCUUGCUCAAAAGAAACCACAACUUUGGUUGAGGAAAGGAGAGUAGAAACCUUCCCCAUCCAAGUUUUCCAGAUGAUCAAGAAUCCAUACACUUGAAAUAUUCUGUAACUUUUCAGUCAUUUUAGUCCUUGCCUUAUGUUCCCUCCCCCCAAAAGAUGUUAAUUGCACUCUGACCAACACUGUAAUGCACUGGUAAGUAUUUUUUUAUUAUUUUUUUUUAGUCAGCCACUUGUACAAAUACAUUAAAGGGUUAAUUUUUAUUCAGACUUUUAAGCACGGAAGCAGCUUUAUAACCUCCGUUUUUCAGUUGUGAAACAAAUGUGAGUGUAGUGUGUAUUUAAUGUUAUUCCAGAAGGUUGUGCUGUUUUGCAUAAUAUGACUAAAGGUUUGCACAUUUUCAUUGUUUGUUCAUCCACAUUUUGUAUCGUACAUAAAUAUUUUGUGUAAUGGUUAGUUGUAUUUUUCAUUUAAUAAUCAUAUCUUUAACCAAAUUACUUUAAUUAUAUUGUGACUGACAGUGUACAAAUAAAUGUAUUUGAAAAACCUA